AGAUGGAGGAAGAGGAGCAUACAGAUAGAAAGCAGCGGCUUGCCAUGCUUUGUCAAAAGAUCAACAAUCUUAAAAAGUGUCUCAAUGAAGAUGACACGGACAAUGUUAACCAGGUCAUCGACUCUGUCUCGCCUGAUGCCUGCCACUCAUACCUGUUAGACCUGGAGAAGAAAGGAAACCCUCACUUGGAUCAUAGCCAUCUCACCAAACUUCUAGGCUACUACACAAGAGCAUUCUCUAAUAUGCCGCUGCAAAAACACUGUCAAAAUGAGAGCUAUGCCAGGAUGUUGGUCAGAUUUGCAGAGCUAACAGCAAUUCAAGAUGUAAAUGCAGAAGCAAACUUCAAUGUGGCACGAUCACACAGCCAGAACUUCACAUUUGUCCACAUUGCCCAUGCACAGUUUGAGCAGUCCCAAGGCAACGUAAAGAGAAGCAUUCACAUAUUACAGAAUGCACUUGAACUGGGGGCCAAACCAAAGGAGCUUCUGGAAGCUGCCUUACAGAAGCUACGGAUAAAUAAAUCACCCGACAUCUGUUCAGAUGAUAAAGAAAAUGUACCAAUGUUGCCCAGCAGUAAUUUUCAUGAUUCUACCAAAAAAGCUUCUGAAUUUAAAAAAGUAAGCAGGAUAUCAGAUGGGACAGAAGACUUGCCAUUCUCCAUGAGUUUUGGUUCAGGAACAGAGUCUCUUGGAUCAUCAGGUGACCAUGUCACAGGUCGGUGUGGAUCUCGACGCAAGAAAACAGUUGGUUUGAUUGGGAGAAUUUCUUUCUCCAUCCCAGAGAAAGAUGAUGAUGAUGAUGUUUGAAAUUAAGGGAAGCCUGCAAAGAAAACUGGUACAUUAAUUCCUGCAUGUUCUUCCAGACAAACAUCUGGUUCAAACAUUAGCAUGAUGCCUGGGUUAUCCUCCUCCAAGAAAAAUGCUCUACCUGGAGAUUCGGUUUACCUUCAGCUACAAACUGUCACUCCAGAGCAAGGCCAUUUAGACAACCAAGCACUGACAGACUCGAGCACUACAUUACUCAACAUGCGAGACUCUUCUAGAAUGGAAGAUGUAACCUACAAUUUUGACCAGGUGGUCAGUUCAAAUUCACCUGAAUCAUGUUGGACAUAUCUGACAAAUAUGGAGAAGAGAGGCAGCCCUUACACAGACGUCAACCUCUGUAAUAAGCUCAAAGACUGUUGUUCAAAAGUCUUCACCAGGCUGCCAAUAAGACAGUACAGCAAUAAUGCAAGCUAUGCCAGAAUACUGGUCAGAUAUGCAGAACUCAAGGGUGAAAUCGAAGACCCAGAUGAAGCACAAGAUCACUUCAUAGUCGCCCGAUCCAACUGCAAGAACUUUGCUUUUGUUCAUAUAGCACAUGCACAGUUUGAAGUGUGUCAAGGUAAUGUGAUGAAAGCAAUGUCCAUACUGCAGAAAGCCCAGGCAUUAAAUGCAAGACCAUCUGAGCUUCUGGAUGUGGCUAUACAUAACCUUAAAGCUGGCGAAAAACAGUUAGUGCCCACAAAGGAAAGCGAAGACUCCAUAGAGCUUCCGGCUCAUCUUCCAGUCAGUGCAGCGACUUGUGAGGGGAACUAUGACUUUCAGGUGCCGCCUGUCGUCUCUGUGAGUCAGGCUGUGGAGCAGCCUAAACCUGCCAGCAAGGAGCCACACUCAGUGUGGAAGGCGCCGGCUCUCAGUAGCCGAUAUGUUUUUCCAGAGGAUAAGCAUAAGACGCCUGUUCCUCGGGUGCUGGAGUCUUUCCCCACUCCAUCCAUCCCUCUGCAUCCGGCCAACCCCCCUACAGUCUGCAAGACUCCGAACACCUUCAGAAACCUCUGUGCUCUCAGGUGUUAUUUUGAUGUCUCUUGGUGGAGGAAAAUUCCUAACUCUGCAGCAGCAGCACACAGAGCUGGGCCCACACAGCAGCCCGUCACACCUUUAACCCAAGCGUCAUGUACCCAGGCCCCACAGGCGUCGUUUCCCACCUUGUCAAAUGAAUCCAUCACCAUUAAGGGCAAGCAGUUCUUUAUUCUAAAAAAGAUUGGACGUGGAGGAUCCAGCAAGGUCUACCAGGUCCUCGACCACAAGAAGCAGCUGUUUGCUGUGAAAUACGUGGACCUUGAAGAGGCUGACGCUCAGACAGUCGAAAGUUACAAAAAUGAGAUUGAACACCUGAAUCACCUGCAGCAGUACAGUGACCAGAUUAUCAAACUUUAUGACUAUGAAAUAACCAACAGCUACAUCUACAUGCUGAUGGAGUGUGGGAACCUGGACUUGAACACUUGGCUUCGAAACCGCAAGACUGUGAAUCCGCUGGAGAGGAAGUUCUACUGGAAGAACAUGCUGGAAGCCGUCCAGACCAUCCACAAACACGGGAUUGUCCACAGUGACUUAAAGCCAGCUAAUUUUGUUAUAGUCAAUGCUUCCCUGAAGCUAAUCGACUUUGGCAUCGCAAACCAAAUCCAGCCAGAUGUGACGAGCAUUAUGAAGGAUUCACAAGUAGGAACUCUGAAUUAUAUGCCUCCUGAAGCCAUCAAAGACACUUCAUCCCAGACAGGAAAAGCACGCUCAAAGAUCAGUCCCAAAGGUGAUGUGUGGUCCCUUGGGUGUAUCCUGUACUGUAUGACCUAUGGGAAGACUCCAUUCCAAAGCAUCACCAAUCAGAUUACCAAACUGCAUGCCAUCCUCAACCCUUCCCAUGAGAUUGAAUUUCCUGACAUUUCAGAGAAGGACUUGCUGGAUGUAUUGAAGAAAUGCUUGGUGCGGAAUCCCAAAGAGAGGAUAUCGAUUGGCGAGUUGUUGGAACAUCCAUAUCUCCAGCUGAAGCCACAACCACCACCUGAACCAGAAAAUCCAUGUAACAGUGAUUUAAAGAAAAUCCUAACUGACCUCGCCGCCCUCCAGUCUCCAACCAGCAUCGUCCGAGCCGCUAGUAACUUAGCAAAAAUGUGCGGCAGCGGCAGAAAAUUGGAUGUUGCUGAAUGUGUAAAAUCUUCAACCGAACUGUCUUGGAAAAUGCAAUGAUGUCUUUAAUUAUCUUACUUCUGCCAAGGACAUGAUGUUUUUAGCCCAGUUUGUCUGUUUAUCAGGGUGUCUCAAAAACACAGGAACAGAGUUUAAUGAAAUUUGGUGCACAUGUAAUCUUUGAGUCAAUGCAGUGCUCCAGGAUUAUUUUUAGGCGAUAUGUUUAUAGUCAUGUGUGCAUGAAAGCGGUGCUCACAUUAAAUGAUGUGCAGCAGAAAACACAGAGGGAAGCACUUCUUACAAUCUUAUGUCAUUGCUUUCCUCCCAAGGAGUGCUACCCUCCAUGUUUUCUGCUGCUGUUUAUAGUAUCCCCUACUGAUUACAUUGAUAUUUGUUUUUUUGGUGAAAACACUCCCCCAUCUGCACUUCAGUUCAGUUAAGGACAAUAAACGGAAAACUAUUGGAGACUGGCAGUGGUAUGUGCUCUCUAAAUGGCCUUGAGCUACAUAAUAUGUUCUUAAAAUAAAUGUUUUGUGUACAACCUA